AUGCAGAUUUUGAGAUUAGCCCUAGUUUUAGCAAGUUUGGUUGCCGCGCAGCCUUUCAGCGAGGAGGGGAAGCGAUUGAUAAAAGUGAGCGAAGAUCUAGACGCAGUUUGGAUGAGCGAGGCCCAGAUUUUGGGGCUGAUUGAGAAAAGGACGCAUUUUAUGGAUGUGACUGACCACAAUUUCCUUGCACGUGCAAAAGCGCGGGAAGAAGAAAUUCCAACCGCUCUCCGAUUCCAGACCGUAGUAGAUGAAGCCAUAGCAAGAAUUAACAUCUCCCGCAUGGAAAGCUUCGUCGAUAUCUUUGACGAUUUUUCAAAUCGGUACUACACCAGUGAGAGUGGGGUUGCCGCGGCGGAUCGGCUCUUUACCCAGGUGGUGGAAUCUAUCGCAUCAAGUGGGUAUCAGGGGUCAGCAUCGCUCAGUAAAUACAUCCACUCGUGGGCGCAGAACAGCGUCAUCGCCUGGGGCCCCUCCCAGAGCCUCGGCUUAAAUAUUGACUUAAGCUAA